AUGAAUUCGCCGGCGCCGGCCGCCGCGGAGGUGGAGCUCUACUCGUCGCUGGGGCUGAGCUGGGCCGGCAAGGAGACCCCCGCCGCCCCGCGGGUGCUGUCCCUCCUCUCUUCCUUCCUCGAGAGGGCGAUUCAGAAGAACGACAAGCCUAUCGAGGAGAAGAACAGGGAGAAGAAGGGCUCCACCACCAUCUUCCAUGGCCUGAGAGCCCCCAAUCUCACCAUAAACAGCUACUUGGAGCGGAUCUUCAAGUACUCGAGGUGCAGCCCCUCCUGCUUCGUCCUCGCCGAGAUCUACAUCGACAGGUUUCUCCAGCGGCCAGGAUCCCAUCUCACCUCUCUCAAUGUCCACCGCCUGCUGAUGACCAGUGUCGUUGUGGCGGCGAAGUUCAUCGAUGAUGGGUAGGUUCAAGAUUUCUUUUAUUUUAGUUUUUUUUAAGAAUUAAUUUUCCAAUUCAUUCUUUUUUUCUCCUAAUUUUCGUAUUCAUCGUAAGCUCUCAAGACUACACGAUAUUUUUUUUGGGAUUUCAGGAAAUUCCCACGUAUUUUUCUACCAGUUUUCUUGAUCUUCUCCGACUUCCCUGGCUCUUCCAGUUUUAUUUUUUUCUUUUUUUCCUUUCCUCUGAAUAAAUUUAAAUAAUUAAUUUCCCGAUUUUUAUCUUGUUUGGGGGAUUUCAGGAUUUAUUUCUGCUUUUUUUUUCGUAUUUUAAAAUGAUGACUCUUCCGCUCCCUUUUCCUCCUUUUUUUCCUACCAUUUUUUCCCUUGCUCUCGCAUUUCCCUUUUCUCUAACUUAAUUUAAUAAUUAAAUACCCAAAUUCCAGCUGUCACCACCAUCUGGUUUUCCGUCUCUGGGUUCCUAACUUAUUUUUUCCCUGGUUUUUUCACCUAUCCAUCUGCAGGUUCUUCAACAACGCGUACUACGCCAAGGUGGGCGGCGUCAGCACGGGGGAGAUGAACAGACUGGAGAUGAGCCUCCUCUUCUCCCUUGACUUCCGGCUCCACGUCACGGUCGCGGCCUUUGACCGCCACUGCCGCCUCCUGGAAACGGAGGCCGCUGCCACCGCCGCCCUGGCGGCGGUCGAGCGGCCACUCAGCACCUGCGGGCUCACCGCCUCCGCCUGCGUCACCAAGGAGGAGUUCCAGGGCAAAGAAGCCGUCCGGAGCUUCAGCUGCGGUGCCAGCUGA